CAGAAGAGAGGGAAAGGAAAACACAUCCUGGAGCUGCGAGCAUUACAGAAGCCCCCUGAGGAAAUGCCUGGUUGAUGCAGCCUGUCUGGACGGGCUGGGAAAUUUCACUUCAACGCCGCUCUGGAGCUCCCCAAAUUUAAACUCUCCUCUUUGGCAAAGCUGCAGCGGCAGGGUAGUAACCCAGGACUGGUGGGGAGUUCUCUUUUGGGGUCUCAACCUGGAUUUUUACAAGCGGGGCUGCCGCUGGUUGAGGGGAAAGGGUAUAAAAGGUCGAUUUUAGGACCUUUAAAUACAUCCCUUAAACAAGUAAGGAUGUUUCAGACUGUCCCAGACACUUCGUCUUACGUCAAGGAGGCUCUGUCGGUGGUGAGCGACGACCAGUCCCUCUUUGACUCCACGUACGGCGCUGCCGCUCACCUCCCCAAGGCAGACAUGACAGCCUCAGGGAACCCAGACUAUGGCCAGCCACACAAAAUCAACCCCUUGCCUCCUCAGCAGGAGUGGAUUAACCAACCUGUCCGGGUCAAUGUCAAAAGGGAAUAUGACCACAUGAAUGGAUCAAGGGAGUCCCCAGUGGACUGCAGCGUGAACAAAUGCAGCAAACUCGUCGGAGCAGGGACAGAGUCCAACCCCAUGAGCUACAGCACCUACAUGGAUGAGAAGAAUGGACCUCCUCCCAACAUGACCACCAAUGAGAGGAGAGUCAUCGUCCCAGCAGAUCCCACCCUGUGGACCCAGGAGCACGUGCGCCAGUGGCUGGAAUGGGCUAUAAAGGAGUAUGGAUUACUGGAGAUUGACAGCACCAUCUUCCAGAAUGUGGAUGGCAAAGAGCUCUGCAAAAUGAACAAGGAUGACUUCCUCAGAACCACCUCCCUCUACAACACAGAAGUCCUCUUGUCUCACCUCAGUUACCUCAGGGAAAGUAGCUCACUGCUGGUCUACAACACUCCACCCCACACAGAAACCUCCUCACGACUUGCCACCAAAGAAGGCCCUCCUGUUGCAGGGACACAGAAUGUGAACAAGACAACAGAACAGCAGCGACCCCAGCCAGAUCCCUACCAAAUCCUGGGGCCCACCAGUAGCCGUCUUGCCAAUCCAGGGAGCGGGCAGAUCCAACUGUGGCAGUUCCUCCUGGAGCUGCUGUCGGACAGCUCCAACGCCAGCUGCAUCACGUGGGAAGGCACCAACGGGGAGUUCAAGAUGACGGACCCCGACGAGGUGGCGCGGCGCUGGGGCGAGCGCAAGAGCAAGCCCAACAUGAACUACGACAAGCUGAGCCGCGCCCUGCGAUACUACUACGACAAGAACAUUAUGACCAAGGUGCACGGCAAGAGGUAUGCCUACAAAUUUGACUUCCAUGGCAUUGCCCAGGCCCUCCAGCCUCACCCCACCGAGUCGUCGAUGUACAAGUACCCCUCAGAUCUCUCCUACAUGCCAUCGUACCAUGCCCACCAGCAGAAGGUGAACUUUGUACCCCCUCACCCCUCUUCCAUGCCUGUCACAUCAUCCAGCUUCUUCGGAGCAGCUUCACCUUAUUGGACCUCCCCUGCAGGAAGCAUUUAUCCCAGCCCCAACGUCCCGCGCCAUCCCAACGCCCACGUAUCGCCACACUUGGGCACCUAUUACUAGAUGCUUUCCUCUCCAGGUGGCCUUUCUCAGUCUGGUUGGACUUUAUCUUUACUUCUGGGAUUUUUAUGGGCUUUUUUUUUUUUGGGGGUGGGGGAAGUGGUGGUGGUGGAGGACCCUCAAUGGAUCAUUGUGGCCUUUCUAGGGGAAGAAUCAAAACUGGAUAUUGGUUAACUCCUGGAUCAAACCUUUCUCUUCGGUAACUUUACCUCUGGUGUCUUGAACUGAGAGAUGGAUGCUUCUUUGGGCCAGUACUCUGCGUUUCCUUUGGGGUUGAAACCCUUCUGUCCUCUGUAGGGAUUGACUACGAAGAUUGUUCACCCUUUCCUGGAGUAACCAUUAGCUUUUUGAGGAAAGAAAUUCUUGAGGAUUCAAAAGCUUUUGCCAAGACUUAGAUCCACCUGAAGACAUAGAUCCAACUGUGGGUCGUAGGAGAAGGUGACUACACUGCUGGGUUUUGAUCUCGCUGUAAGGCGAUUCAACCAUUAAGUGGAGGCCACUGGGCUGCAGGGGACCACAACUGGAAUCUUAGCUUUAAGGCAGAUGAGGAUUUUUUUUACCCAACUGGAAAUUAAAUAUAUAUAUAUUCAUAUAUAUAUAUAUAUAUAUAUGUAUAUUUUAUGAAGUAAAGGGCAUUGAAGGAACUCUUUAGAGUGUGCAACUUCGUUAGGCUGGGUAUUAACUCCGGUUACAUCCAAAAACCACAACAACAACAACAAACAACAACUACAAAGUCACCUAAUGCCAAGCACAGACAUUCUUUGAGAGCAAACAAACAAAAACCCAACAAAACAAAAACUAAUCCAAACAAAAAACCUUAAAAGGAUGGGAAAAGAAACGACAGCAGAUCCCCUGAGCUCAACCAGAGCCUUCAGGAUCGCUCCGUGCUACCGAUUCGCGAACGCUGUGCGUUUGUCAGACCAAAUAAAAAGGGUCAGCAAACCAGAAA